GCAUUAGAGCAAGAGGCCUGUCUUGCAAGAACUUUUAUUGCUUGCCAGUUGGUAGGCACAACCACAACCUCUCCCUUCCAGACACAAUGGCGGACACUUCACAGCACUUCACAGGUAUGUGCUUUCCACCAUGACUCCACAUCAAGGCUGGAACAACAGCAACUGUGCCUUCAAUUAUUGUUCUUUCAGUCUAGCCAAAGGGCAUUUAUGUAAGCUUGUUAGAGAAUAUUGUAUUGUAAUUGUUGAUUCGCAUCCUAGAUAUUGCCUUGUUCAUAAUAAACAUCUACCAAUGUAUUUACGAUACCCACUGAAUUGCUGCAGUAGGCCUUAGCUUGUACUGUAUAAGAUGGCGUCAUUAUUGACAUAGCUAUCUUACAGUUUGGCAGCUAUACACAAGAGGAGUAAGUUAGGACAUGGCAGCAUGGCCGUCAUGAUUCCAGACCACACUGGUCAAUGUAGCUACACAUCUAAGAAUUGAUUAGCCUAUUAAAAUAUAGGUCCAUAGUAUUGCAGAGGUUCACCCUCGGGUCUGGUGGCUUAAGGUAAAAAAAUAUUAUAUAUUUAAGAUCGGGUCAGGCAGGUCAAAUCUUGAGCGGAAAACAAAGCUUAGCCUUUUCUUCAAUAAAUCCCUCUUGUGAAAUUAUUAUCCAUAUUCUGCAAUUAAUAAGCCUCCAUUGCUCUUACAGUAGGCUAUCCUGCAAAAGGUGAGCGUGUGGUACUUCAUAGCAUGCAGCCACUUACACAACAUAUUGGAGUGACACAUUUGAUUGUGGAUGAAAUCCCUGUUUUAGUCUGCUCAAAAAGUAAUCUCUGGUGCGAUGUAUUCAGUUUGUCUGAACACGUCUUGUAGGGAUUCGUGGUAGUAUGGUAAUGGUAAAUCAACAAGCAAAUAGCACUAGUAACGGAUUCAGGACCAUGGACAGCGUCGUUGCCGCCACUCCAGAAAAUAUGCUUAUAUAUUUAUGAUUCUAAAAAAUAUAUUUUAAUUACUAAAACCAAAUCAAAACUGUGUACGAAUGAUAAUGGACAUACAUUUAUAGUCUCUUCACUCUGUCCAGCUUCCUAACAGUCAUCGAAAUUGGAGAAGGAGAGCGGAGCAGCAGAGCAUCAUUUAAAAAAAAAAGUCAAGUGACCUUCUCACAGUCGUUCUACAAAUAAAGUGUCCGAUGGGGCAUGCCCCCUACCUUUGACACCGCUGCUGAAAAAAAUCCUAGGGGAAACACUGAAAGUGUGACACUUGUUGUUGGUCUGCCAUUGCAAUAAAAGGUUAAAUAAAAAUACAAUAAAAUUGCAAACCAAUGCUGGAUCGGAAUGCACAUUCAAAGAAAUUGCAUUUUGAAUUAGCAAGUUAAGACGUGUGGGUGCCAGAUUAAUUAUUUAAAAUUGCUGGCGGUUGUGGGUUUGAAAACAGAAAAACCCAUGCAACACUAGGCUGUGUCUGUAGUAGGCUACCUUUAUUGCAGUUUCUUAGCGUGUGGCUCGAUUUGGCUCAGCUUGGUUUGAGGAAUGGUCCUAAUGGCGCCAUUAUUUUGUACUACCAAUGGGCAUAGUAACAUUCCAGCAGUUAUUGAGUACAGUUACAUGCACACAAUAAUACAUUUAUUGUGGAUAGUCAGAUUAAUAUAAUAGUUUGAUUUAAAACGUUUACAUGCUUUGUAAGAAGGAACGAUUUCCCUAAUAAUCCUGUUUACAUGGACACAUCUGAAAUCAGGCUACCUGAUGGCACUCUGAUAAAUGCAAAUCGCCAAUCAAAAUAAACGUUCUACCACAGCGACCAUGUUAGUUUUGGGAAGCAUAUUUGAUUCUGAGUUAUGACAAACACUGGGUGUACAAAACAUUAGGAACACCUUCUCUUUCCAUGACAUAGACUGACCAGGUGAAUCCAGGUGAAAGCUAUGAUCCCUUAUUGAUGUCAUUUGUUAAAUCCACUUCAAUCAGUGUAGAUGAAGGGGAGGAGACAGGUUAAAGAAGGAUUUUUAAGUCUUGAGACAAUUGAGACAUGGAUUGUGUAUAUGUGCCAUUCAGAGGGUGAAUGAGCAAGACAAAAUAUUGAAGUGCCUUUGAAUGGGGUAUGGUAGUAAAUGCCAGGCACACAGGUUUGUGUCAAGAACUGCAACGCUGCUGGGUUUCUCACGCUCAACAGUUUCCCGAAUUGAGGCUGUUCUGAGGGCAAAAGGGGGGGUGCAACUCAAUAUUAAGGUGUUCCUAAUGUUAGGUAUACUCAGUGUAUAAAGUUUGUAUGUGAAAACUACUUCUUAAGACGCAUACGUUCAGUUGUUGCAAACUCACUUCACUCGCGCUAAAGAGGGAGGCUCGCUCGGCUGAUGCUAGCACAUGCAAAGAUCAAACACACUACUGGAACGCUGAUUAAGGUGUUUAGAUGUCUUUAAUAAUUUGAAAGCUUUCUCAGAAAACCAGGUGUUUUAAUUAGCGUAUGCUUACUUCGAUUUUGACCCUACACCGAUUCAGAUAAGCAGAGUAAGGUGUUUACAUGACUAUUGCGUAAUCUGCCUACUGCCAUAAUCCGUUUAAUAUCUAAUUAUUACUGUGCAUGUAAACAUACUCUGAGUAUGUUUACAUGCACACCUGGUUUUCUGAGCAGUCUUUCGAAUUAUUAGGACAUGUAAACAGCUUAAUCGGCAUUGUAUUUGAUCUGCACAUGUGCCAGGACCGUAUCGCAAUCCUCCCUCUUAUGUGAGUUCGGAAAAACUUAAAGUAUGUAUCUUAGAAAUAGUUUUCACGGGGGGCGCUAGUGCGCAUGCGUAUGGAGUAAAACCGUUCCUUCAGAUCUCCUCUCUGCGUAUUUUGAACUCUUUUAUUAUUUCCAAAAAAAAGUAUAUACACAUUGUUUAGUAUAUUCCCCACGCACUAACUAGCAGCGAAAAAGUGAAAUAUGGCGAUGAAAACCAACAGAAUUUGACAAAGGACCAGGCCCAAAAAGCAGCAGCCAUUUGAUUACAGCUAAUCAUGGCUACCCGGACUAUUUGCAUUGUCCCCCCACCCCACCCCCUCUUUUACGCUGCUGCUACUCUCUGUUUAUUAUCUAUGCAUAGUCACUUUAACUCUACCCACAUGUACAUAUUACCUCGACUAACCUGUGCCCCCGCACAUUGACUCUGUACCGGUACCCCCUGUAUAUAGCCUCCCUAAUGUUAUUUUAUUUUACUGCUGCUCUUUAAUUAUUUGUAAUUUUUUACUUAUGUAUUUUCUUUUUAUUUAACACUUAUUUUUCUUAAAAUGGCAUUGUUGGUUAAGGGUUUGUAAGUAAGUAUUUCACUGUAAGGUCUACACCUGUUGUAUUUGGCGCAUGUGGCAAAUAAAAUAUGAUUUGAUGACGACAACUCUCCAGAAACCCAGCAACAAGAUUCUGCCACAGCAAUGUGUCAACAAAAUGAAAGAGGCUGUAAUAAAAACUAUCAACGAUCGUUUUGUCAGGCUCUAAACAAAGUUUGAGUCUCUAAAGACAGCACAGGCUGAACUGAAGGGCCGCAUGGACACAGCCGAUGAGGCCCUGUCUGAUCAUGACACCCGGAUCGGAGGCCUGGGAACUACCUGCGCGCAGCUUAAAAAGAAGAACGAGGCGCUCCAAGCCAAGGUUCUCGAUUUAGAAGGCAGGAGUCGCAGGCUGAACAUCAAACUUGUGGGAAUUUUGGAAGACGAAAAACAAGGGAAACCCACAGAGUUCGUGUCCAAGCUCAUUCCCAAGCUGCUGGGUGACGACGACUUCCCAAAGCCCCUCAUCAUUGACCGUGCACACCGCUCUCUACAGGCGAAGCCCUCACCAGGUGCCAAGCCGCGCACCAUAAUCGCAAGGGUACAUCACUUUCAGGAAAAGGAGCUCAUUCUACGACUUGGAUGACAGCAAGCUAUGGAAUACAAGGAUCAUCACAACGGCAUGACAAGAGUCUUCACCAAGCCCGAAGAGGCUGCAAGCUACGUAUCAAAACUACAGCAAACCCCCUGAAAGGGUGUAAUCACUCGCCACAAAUUUCUGGGAAAUUGACUGAGCAAAGUUGAUUUUAUGUUUGUUCAUAAACGGUAACGUAUUCAUUUGUUUUCCAACAACCGCGGAGAGGGCUGUUAAGUCUGACUGUUGUUAGCUUGCUAGCAUAGUAUUGGGUCUGUUCUAGCCAUCAUGCCCAGCGGUCCCCAGUGCUUCAUUUGGGGAAGCAGUGGGGAGGGUGGGUUUCUCUGGGGUCUGUUACUGUGUUCGGUUUUUGUUUUCUGCUGCCAGACAAGUUUUAUUUAAAUACGUACAUGUUUAAGAUGUUUUAUUUGAAAUGCUCUUGGAUAUAAAUGUCAGGAAACGAUCUUGGUAAUCAGUCAGAUGUUAAAGGUGUCACAUUAGUCUCGUGGAAUAUGCACGUUCUCGGGCACGAGCGCAAAAGGGGUAUGGUAUUUAAGCACUUGAAAUCACUUGGUGCUGACAUAAUAUUCCUGCAAGAAACGCACAUAAAAGCCACGGUGCAGGUGCAUCUGAGAUCCAACUGGAUUUCUCAAGUUUACCAAUCACCCUUCUCCUCCAAGGCUAGAGGUGUUGCUAUUCUCUUUUGUAAAAACAUCCCUUUUCAACUCUCAUGAAUGUCUACAGACCCACAUGGUAGGUACAUCAUAGUAUCAGGGAACAUGAAUUCUUUCCCUGUUACCCUGUUGAACGUCUAUGGCCCAAACAUUGACGACCCACAUUUCUUUCCUAAUGUUUUUGAUUUACUCCCAGACCUUAGUACCACUAAUCUAAUAAUCGGAGGCGAUUUUAUAUUGUUACCUUGAUCCGUAUCUUGACAGACUGUCUACACAUACUCCACCAAAUAUCACCUCUGUCCAGGUUCUAAAUAAUCUAAUCAAAUCCAGGAAUGUAGUGGACAUCUGGAGACUGCAACAUCCCACAGACAAAGACUACUCAUUUUACUCUCAUGUUCACAAGUCUUAUUCUAGAAUCGACUACUUCCUAAUAGAUUCCAAAUUGAUACCCAUUGUGGCCCUCAAUCUUUCUUUACCAAAACAGAAUUACAGUUGGUGUUUUAACCCCUCCUUGCUCACAGACCAAGCAUUAAUUUACUGCAUGACAGCCAAGUUGAAUGAGUUCCUCAAGACUGAUGACACAGGAGUGGUAUCUGAUUCUACACUAUGGGAAACUUUUUAAGUGGUUAUGAGAGGUCAUAUUAUUUCAUGUGUCUGACACAAAAAAAGGGAAUCACAUGCGAUUGGAGGAGACAUUCAGAACUUCACUCUCUCAGGUUGACUACAACAAUAUUUUUAAAUUAAAAUACGAAUACAAUUCUAUUCUUGGUUCUCAGGUCAGUAACCUCCUAUUAAAGCUGAGACAAAAACAAUUUGAACUAGGGGACAAACCAGGAAGGUUGCUGGCUAGACAACUAACGGGUGCACAGGCAAAUAGAGCAAUCCAUAAAAUCCAGUCUAAGGCGGGCACCUUGCUGAAAGAUCCUAAAGAGAUAAACAACUGCUUCAAAGAAUUUGACUCAGUUAUAUUCUUCCAGAUCCGAUGCUUCUAGUUCUGAUGAAUCAGCCUUCUUUGUUUCCAUCAUCAGCCUGCCAAAACUUGAUGAUGGCGCCAAAAAAGAAUUGAACUCAAAUUUCACAACAUAGGAAAUAAUCGAGGCAAUGAAAGCUUUCCCACCUGCAGGCACUGAUGGUUUUGGCUGUGAAUUUGAUAAAACAUUCAGUGAAGCAAGCUCUCGCUCCCCUCUUACUCAGGAUGAUCACUGAUUAAACAGAAAAUAAUAUUUUGCCCAAAUCAUUGUAUGAAGCCAAUAUUUGCCUUCUGUGAGAAAAAGGCAGAGAGGUAACAGACCCUGCAAAUUAUAGACAGCAUUGCUUAAUUUUGAUACAAAAAUGAUCACCAAAGUGCUUGCUAAUCCGGAUCAGACAGGGUUUAUCCCAGGCAGGUUCUCUUUUUCUAAUGUGCGCAGGCUGCUUAACGUUCUAUAUGCAAAUCAUGGGAAAGGCUCCAAGGCGGCUAUUAUAUCGCUAGAUGCUCAAAAAGCGUUUGACCAAAUAGAAUGGUCAUGCAUGUUCGAAGCACUCACUUGGUUUGGAUUUGGCGACUCAUUUAUCGCCUGGGUCAAAAUGCUCUGCCUGCCCAACAUCCUCUAUUCUGACCAACAGCAUUUCGUUAUAUGCAGACAAUGUGCUUUUAUACCUCUCGGACCCAGUAGCCUCUGUCCCUAACCUACUAGUCUUAAGCAAUUCAUUUGGCAAACUAUCUGGUUAUUCAAUACAUUGGGGAAAAAGUGAUCUCUCAUGUGUAUCUCAGGUAAUAGUAUAGCAAGUGAGCUAGAGAGGAUACCAUUUAAAGUGGUGCAUGACCACUUAACUUACCUGGGACUAAAAAUACCUAGAAAUCCAAAGCUCAUCUUCAAGCUUAACUACAGUGAGCUGGUUGCAAUGCUAAAACAAAACAUAGAGAGCUGGAGAAUAUUGCCUCUUUCUAUGAUGGGGCGCAUUAAUGCCAUAAAAAUGGUUUAUCUUCCCAGGUUCCUUUUAUCUUUGCCAGAAUCUUCCAAAUUGUCUUACCUCAUAAUUUUUUUAAGACUUUGGACUCGACAAUCUUGUCAUUUGUCUGGGGUAACAAAAACCAUCGUAUUUGUAAUGCCCACUUGCAAAAGCCCAAGGAAAGUGGCGGCUUAGGCCUACCCAUCUUUAAGCAUUAUUACUGGGCUGCAAAUGCCAGGUCAUUAACGUACUGGCAACUGGGUUUAACUGAUAAGUUGGACACUGUUGCCCCCCUGUGGCUAAAUAUGGAAGUCAAGUCUAACAAAUUCCUCUCUUCAAGCCUUGCUUUUCUCCAAAGCAGAGUGCCCAAACAAACUCACAGGCAACAACUUUGAUUUGAGAAAUUCUUUAAUAAUUUUAAACCAGAUUAAGCAUGUUUAAGGUGCCUGAUAUCUCUGUAUACACCACAAUAUGCUUUAAUCAUUAUUUUGUUCCAUCUCGGUCUGAAAAGGUGUUUGUUAAAUGGAGGGAGAAGGGACUGGCUACAAUUGAAGACUUAUACAAUUAGCAUCAUUCAUCCAAUUAAAGAAUUGGUCAGAAUUGAAGGAAUGAUGGAUGGCGCUAAAUACAGGGAAAUUCUUGAUGGAAACCUGUUUCAGUCUUCCAGAGAUUUGAGACUGGGACGGAGGUUCACCUUCCAGCAGGACAAUGACCCUAGGCAUACUGCUAAAGCAACACUUGAGUGGUUUAAGGGGAAACAUUUAAAUGUUUUGGAAUGGCCUAGUCAAAGCCCAGACCUCAAUCCAAUUGAGAAUCUGUGGUAUGACUUAAAGAUUGCUGUACACCAGCGGAACCCAUCCAACUUGAAGGAGCUGGAGCAGUUUUGCCUUGAAGAAUGGGAAAAAAUCCCAGUGGCUAGAUGUGCCAAGCUUAUAGAGACAUACCCCAAGAGACUUGCAGCUGUAAUUGCUGCAAAAGAUGGCUCUACAAAGUAUUGACUUUGGGGGGGUGAAUAGUUAUGCAAGCUCAAGUUCAGUUUUUUUGUCUUAUUCAGUUAUUUCACAAAACAUUUUUAUUUUGCAUCUUCAAAGUGGUAGGCAUGUUGUGUGUUAAAUGAAAUUAUACAAACCCCCCCAAAAUCUAUUUUAAUCCAGGUUGUAAGGCAACAAAAUAGGAAAAAUGCCAAGAGGGGUGAAUACUUUCGCAAGCCACUGUUUUUAAGUCCCCGUUAGGUAGCCUGAUUUCAGAUACAGUGGGGGAAAAAAGUAUUUAGUCAGCCACCAAUUGAGCAAGUUCUCCCACUUAAAAAGAUGAGAGAGGCCUGUAAUUUUCAUCAUAGGUACACGUCAACUAUGACAGACAAAAUGAGAAAAAGAAAUCCAGAAAAUCACAUUGUAGGAUUAUUAAUGAAUUUAUUUGCAAAUUAUGGUGGAAAAUAAGUAUUUGGUCAAUAACAAAAGUUUCUCAAUACUUUGUUAUAUACCCUUUGUUGGCAAUGACACAGGUCAAACGUUUUCUGUAAGUCUUCACAAGGUUUUCACACACUGUUGCUGGUAUUUUGGCCCAUUCCUCCAUGCAGAUCUCCUCUAGAGCAGUGAUGUUUUGGGGCUGUCGCUGGGCAACACGGACUUUCAACUCCCUCCAAAGAUUUUCUAUGGGGUUGAGAUCUGGAGACUGGCUAGGCCACUCCAGGACUUUGAAAUGCUUCUUACGAAGCCACUCCUUCGUUUCCCGGGCGGUGUGUUUGGGAUCAUUGUCAUGCUGAAAGACCCAGCCACGUUUCAUCUUCAAUGCCCUUGCUGAUGGAAGGAGGUUUUCAUUCAAAAUCUCACGAUACAUGGCCCCAUUCAUUCUUUCCUUUACACGGAUCAGUCGUCCUGGUCCCUUUGCAGAAAAACAGCCCCAAAGCAUGAUGUUUCCACCCCCAUGCUUCACAGUAGGUAUGGUGUUAUUUGGAUGCAACUCAUCAUUCUUUGUCCUCCAAACACGACGAGUUGAGUUUUUACCAAAAAGUUAUAUUUUGGUUUCAUCUGACCAUAUGACAUUCUCCCAAUCCUCUUCUGGAUCAUCCAAAUGCACUCUAGCAAACUUCAGACGGGCCUGGACAUGUACUGGCUUAAGCAGGGGGACACGUCUGGCACUGCAGGAUUUCAGUCCCUGGCAGCGUAGUGUGUUACUGAUGGUAGGCUAUGUUACUUUGGUCCCAGCUCUCUGCAGGUCAUUCACUAGGUCCCCCCGUGUGGUUCUGGGAUUUGUGCUCACCGUUCUUGUGAUCAUUUUGACCCCACGGGGUGAGAUCUUGCGUGGAGCCCCAGAUCGAGGGAGAUUAUCAGUGGUCUUGUAUGUCUUCCAUUUCCUAAUAAUUGCUCCCACAGUUGAUUUCUUCAAACCAAGCUGCUUACCUAUUGCAGAUUCAGUCUUCCCAGCCUGGUGCAGGUCUACAAUUUUGUUUCUGGCGUCCUUUGACAGCUCUUUGGUCUUGGCCAUAGUGGAGUUUGGAGUGUGACUGUUUGAGGCUGUGGACAGGUGUCUUUUAUACUGAUAACAAGUUCAAACAGGUGCCAUUAAUACAGGUAACGAGUGGAGGACAGAGGAGCCUCUUAAAGAAGAAGUUACAGGUCUGUGAGAGCCAGAAAUCUUGCUUGUUUGUAGGUGACCAAAUACUUACUUUCCACCAUAAUUUGCAAAUUCAUUAAAAAUCCUACAAUGCUAAAUGGCAUAUUAUUUAUUAUUAUUAUUUUUUUCUGGAAAACAUUUUUUCAAUUUGUCUGUCAUAGUCAUAGUUGACGUGUACCUAUGAUGAAAAUUACAGGCCUCUCUCAUAUUUUUAAGUGGGAGAACUUGCACAAUUGGUGGCUGACUAAAUACUUUUUUCCCCCACUGUAUGUCCACCUUAAUAGGAUUAUCAGGGAAACGGUUAUUCUAGCAAAGCAUGCAAACGUUUUAAACCAACUAUUAUAUUAAUCUGACUAUCCACAAUAAUCGUAUUAUUGUGUGCAUGUAACUGUACUCAUAGAGCCAUGGUGUAGACUUGAAUUCAGCAGCAACAUCAUGGCACCAUAUGAUAUGAGUUAGAAUAUACAGUUGGAGGGAGGGAGUCUGCUAAAUAUCUCUUCUUACUAUAGCGAAGUAGAUUUUUGCAUUCCUUGUUUCUUUUCUGAAAAAUGAGUAUUACAAUAUGUUAUGGAAAAUAAAGAUUGUAUACAAAACCAACACCUGUAUUUUCUGUGGCCUAAUGCCAUAUUAUUGAGGCUAUAUAGGUUAGGUUAUGGGGUAUCAAUAAAGUUCAGGGUGACAUUUGUAUUUAUGGAUGUAGGCCUAAUACUUUUCAAUCAAUAUCAUUAGCUACAUAUGAAGUAUACAGUAUGGCUGCAUUUCAACUUCAGUUUGAAUUCACUGUGAUGCAAAUAAUAUGACUAAUAAUGCCACCACGCUGCUAUUUUCCUAACAUUCUGAAGUUGAAUGGGGCUUGCGUCUGUGUGUCACACACGCACACUAGAUAUAUUUGAGGUGCAAUGUCUCCUUGAGUUGUUGUGAUUGUAUUACCCCCCUGAGAGAUAUCAUGCAUCAAGGCUCUUCCCUCUUGUCCCUCCCGUCCCAGCUCUUUAAUGUGAAAGAAACCCCACAGGCGGCCACAGAAGAGGAGGUGGGGGCCUUCACCAAGGUCAUCGAGGCCAUGGGCUUCACAGGACCUCUCAAAUACAACAAAUGGGUAAGUGCCUCUAGCGUCACUCAAAUGUCCACCCACUACAGUUCUUCAUACAGCAUUACUGUUGGUCUCUCACAAGUAACCUCUAUGAUUCGUCAGCUCCCACUGUAAUCUAUAUGUAGGAUGUCAUGUACAAUAAUGAUUGGUGGAUGUACACAUUGAGGUUCAGUAGUGAAGGACAGUGCUUCUACAGACAAGAUGCAGCCAAAAGAAAGUGCAGAAAGGGGAGUUGCUGCAACUCUCGCUCGUUGUUUAGGCCUAAAAGUUCAGCGUUCAUUUCGUUCUGAUUAAAAACAGUGAUGUUUUCACAAAGGCCUGCCUGCUUCACAUUGAAUGCACACAUUCCGAUCUCUAAAGAGAUUAUACUGGUUACAGGGGGACAUGAGGUUUAUGCUCCCCCAGCAGGAAUCUUCCCUGUGGACGAGCCAAGGACCUCCAUGGGUUAGGGUUGACAAUGCAUGCCAAAACCACCCCUCAUGGGUAGGGCCCAGACCUGGGUUCAGAUAGCCUACUAGUUUAAAUAAUUUCAAAUACUUAAGCUGUGCUUGAUUGAGCUUCCCUGUUGCAAUGGAACCAAUAGAAAAGUCCCAAAAGUGCAAACUCCGCCCACCUGGGACUCCAGGCAGGCUAAAGCCAACACUCAAAGUAUUUGAAAGAUUUCAAAUGAACCUAGGUUUGGUUCCUAAUGUUAGUAAAACUCUGGGCUGGGCCCUAGACUGUUAAAACCCCCUGGAGUAUAAUAUCCAUGCCCCCGUGAAAAUCUAAUAACAUAAUAAUAAAAAAAUCCCCAUAAAAAUCUGUCACUUUAAGCUAGCAAUAUUUUGCAUGGGAUGCGUCCCAAUCCGCCGAUGUCGCACUUCCCCUUCUCACAAAAUCGUCUGUAGCAUCCGAAUGGUUUGGCCUAACAACUAUGACCCCUCUAUGGAAAGAUGACUCUUACGAAAACGAUGGUGUUCUCCAUUUUGCUCUACGACCCCUACAAGCGUCUUGGGACUCGUCUGAAGUCAGUACAGCCGAUCUGCCUACUUCUGUCUGUAGUGUCCGAACAGUUUGGGCUACACACUAAUAUGAUUGGUUUGAAAAGCCUUCCUCUGAAACGUGGUUUACGGUUUAAAUUGGUUUGGUGUCAAAAGCCUUAGGGAAUGCAAAUGCAUAUCAACUCCAAACAAUAGCCAUGGCUGCACUGCUGUGCUGUGAGAGUGGGUAGCAGCAGAGUUCUUGAAUGAACAUCGACUCGUGCACACAGCAGCCGGGGCUUCGCUCAGAGAUGGCCGUCCAUGCCAGCGCCAAGCUUGCCCAGAAUGCCUGGAUGGAGAGGUAUUCGCAUUCUUAUGCCACCACUCACCCCUGGCCAAAGCCCUAAGCUUUUAUGUGUGAGCUAUGGUUUAAAUAUUGUAGAUGUUAAAAGGAAAGUGGAAAGUAUUACUCUGUGGAAUACUCUUUAAGCUAGCCCACAGGACACCUGCCUCUUCUAUCAGCUACCGUUUCAAGUCUGACGCAUCCAAAUGUGACGUGUUAAACCUACAUUGUUGAGUUUUAUCAACUUACUGCUACUGUCUGUUUAUUUUGCAGAAAAUCAAGAUAGCUGCCUUGCGCAUGUACACAUGCUGUGUAGAGAGAGUCAACUAUGAUGAAUUCUUUGAAAGUAAGUAUUUGCCUGUAUAGAUUCUUUCUACUGAGUUCAUCACCAGAGAACUUCUAGGUAAGGUAGCCUAUCUUCCAGCCAGAUGCCAAUCCAUACACUACAGACAGGUGUUUGUUGAACAUUACUCUAUAAGCAAUCGUCAGGCUAGUAAUCUAUGACUGAUUUGUUGUGCUAGUCUUUGAGUACAUUUCCAUAGCAUUGAGAACAAUGGUCAUGUGGACCUUACCAGUCCAAUGGAGGGAAGUGCUGCUGUUGUGUCAUGCAGCACAUUUUACGACCCAAACUAGAGCCACUUCACUUCAACACAACUGCCCAAAUAUGCCUAAAGGGACCCUUUCAUCGGCAUUGGGCUCCCAAGUAGCGCAGCGGUCAAAGGCAUUGCAUCUCAGUGAUUGAGGCGUCACUACAGACCCCCUGGUUCGAUUCCAGGCUGUAUCACAACUGGACGUGAUUGGGAGUCCCAUAGGGCAGCGCACAAUUGGCCCAGCGUCGUCCGGGUUUGGCCGGUGUAGGCCGUCAUUGUAAAUAAGAAUUUGUUCUUAACUGACUUGCCUAGUUAAAUAAAGGUUAAAAAUAAAUAAAAUCCUGAAAGAUUGAUGUUACACUUUACAGGCCGAUUAGGCUGCUUCUUAAGUGUGUGGGGGGUAGAGAGCAGGUGUAAACUCAAUAGUGGUUUUGGAUAGAAUAUGGGCCUGGGAGACUUGGUUUACGCGCCCCUCUGCUCUCUCCGUCCACAGAAUGCUCCCUCCCCGACACACUCAACUCCUGGUUCCUGGUGGCACAGCUCCAUGUCUGGUGAGUACCUCUGUGUUACACCCCCUCUACAGGCCCCCCAGGUUACCUUACCUUUUGCCCCCCACUCUACAGUUUGCACCCCUUUUGGGUACUUUAAGUUCCGAUGGCGAUGCUGAGACUGUGCCUUUUAUUUUGUACUUCGACCUCAAUGCUGUGUUCCUUCAGUCACCUAUCUACUAUUCCUUUGACGUCAAAUCUAGACUUUAAACCGGUGUUAAGAUUUUUUUUUUGUCCGAUAGGAAUAAGUACCAAUUACUUCUACACGGAGUAUACCAAACAUUAGGAACAUUCUGUUAAUAUUGAGUUGCACCUCCCCCCCUUGUUUCAGUCUUCAAGAGAUUUGAGACUGGGACGGAGGUUCACCUUCCAUCAGGACAAUGACCCUAAGCAUACUGCUAAAGCAACACUUGAGUGGUUUAAGGGGAAACAUUUAAAUGUUUUGGAAUGGCCUAGUCAAUGCCCAGACCUCAAUCCAAUUGAGAAUCUGUGGUAUGACUUAAAGGUUGCUGUACACCAGCGGAACCCAUCCAACUUGAAGGAGCUGGAGCAGUUUUGCCUUGAAGAAUGGGCAAAAAUCCCAGUGGCUAGAUGUGCCAAACUUAUAGAGACAUACCCCAAGAGACUUGCAGCUGUAAUUGCUGCAAAAGUUGGCUCUACAAAGUAUUGACUUUGGGGGGGUGAAUAGUUAUGCACGCUCAAGUUUUCAUUUUUUUUUGUUUGUUUCGCAAUAAAAAAUAUUUUGCAUCUUCAAAGUGGUAGGCAUGUUGUGUAAAUCAAAUGAUACAACCCCCCAAAAAAUCUAUUUUAAUUCCAGGUUGUAAGGCAACAAAAUAGGAAAAAUGUCAAAGGGGGGUGAAUACUUUUGCAAGCCAUAUUAAAUUAGUAAAGCAGUAUGUAAACAUUAUUAAAGUGACUACUGUCCCAUUUAUUAAAGUGACCAGUGAUUCCAUGUCUAUGUAUAUAGGGCAGCAGCCUCUAAGGUGCAGGGUUGAGUAACCGGGUGGUAGCCGGAUAGUGAUGGCUAUUUAACAGUCUGAUUGCCUUGUUCCAGUGUCUCGGUCCCAGCUUUGAUGCACCUGUACUGACCUCACCUUCUGUAUGAUAGCGGGGUGAACAGGCCGUGGCUCAGGUGGUUGAUAUCGUUGAUGAUCUUUUUGGCCUUCCUGUGACAUCGGGUGCUGUAGGUGUCCUGGAGGGCAGGCAGUGUGCCCCCGGUGAGGCGUUGGGCAGAAUGCACCACCCUCUGGAGAGCCCUGCUGUUGCGGGCGGUGCAGUUGCCGUACCAGGCGGUGAUGGAGCCCAACAGGAUGUUCUCAAUUGUGCAUCUGUAAAAGUUUGUGAGGGUCUUAGAGGCGCUGUUGCGCCUUCUUCACCACACUGUCUGUGUGGGUGGACCAAUUCAGAUUGUCAGUGAUGUGUAUGCCAAGGAAGUUUAAGCUUUUCACCUUCUCCACUGCGGUCCCGUCGAUGUGGAUAGGGGCGUGCUCCCUUUGCUGUUUCCUGAAGUCCACGAUCAGCUCCUUUGGUUUGUUGAUUGAGAGGUUAUUUUCCUGGCACCCGCCAGGGCCCUCACCUCCUCCCUGUAGGCUGUCUCGUCAUUGUUGGUAAUUGUGUCGUCUGCAAACUUGAUGAUUGAGUUGGAGGCGUGCUUGGCCACGCAGUCAUGGGUGAACAGGGAGUACAGGAGAGGGCUGAGCAUGCACCCUUGUGGGGCGCCUGUGUUGAGGAUCGGUGAAGUGGAGGUGUUGUUUUCUACCUUCACCACCUGGGGGCGCCCCGUCAGGAAGUUCAGACCCAGAGCCCCGAGCUUAAUGACGAGCUUGGAGGGUACUAUGAUGUUGAAGGCUGAGCUAUAGUCAAUGAACAGCAUUCUUACAUAGGUAUUCCUCUUGUCCAGAUAGGAUAGUGCAGUGUGCAAUGCGAUGGCGAUUGCAUCGUCUGUGGAUCUAUUGGGGCGGUAUGCAAAUUGAAGUGGGUCUAGGGUGUCAGGUAAGGUAGAGGGUGAUAUGAUCCUUGACUAGCCUCUCAAAGCACUUCAUGGUGACAGAAGUGAGUGGUACGGGGCGAUAGUCAUUUAGUUCAGUUACCUUUGCUUUCUUGGGUACAGCAACAAUGGUGGACAUCUUGAAGCAAGUGGGGAAAGCAGACUGGGAUAGGGAGAGAUUGAAUAUGUCCUUAAACACUCCAGACAGCUGGUCUGCACAUGCUCUGAGGACACGGCUAGGGAUGCCGUCUGGGCCGGCAGCCUUGCGUGGGUUAACGUGCUUAAAUUUCUUUCUCACGUCGGCCACGGAGAACGAGAGCCCACAGUCCUUGGGAGCGGGCCUCGUCGGUGGCACUGUGUUAUCCUCAAAGCCGGCGAAGAAGGUGUUCAGCUUGUCCGGGAGCAAGACAUCGGUGUCCGCGACGUGGCUGGUUUUCCCUUUGUAAUCCAUGAUUGUCUGUAGAUCUUGCCACAUAAGUCUCUUGUCUGAGCUGUUGAAUUGCGACUCCACUUUGUCUCUGUACUGACGUUUUGCCUGUUUGAUUGCCUUGUGGAGGGAAUAACUACACUGUUUGUAUUCAACCAUAUUCCCAGUCACCUUGCCAUGGUUAAAUGCGGUGGUUCGCGCUUUCAGUUUUGUGUGAAUGCUGCCAUGUAUCCACGGUUUCUGGUUUGGGUAGGUUUUAAAAGUCACCAUGGGAACAACAUCCCCUAUACACACUUACUGAUGAACUUCGUCACAUUGUCCGUGUGUAUGUCAAUGUUAUUCUCAGAGGCUACCCAGAACAUAUCCCAGUCCGCGUGAUCAAAACAAUCUUGAAGCAUGGAUUCCGAUUGGUCAGACCAGCGUUGAAUAGUCCUUAGCACAGGUACUUCCUGUUUGAGUUUCUACCUAUAGGAAGGGAGGAGAAAAUUGGAGUCGUGAUCUGAUUUGCCGAAGGGAGGGCGGGGGAGGGCCUUCUAGGCAUCCCGGAAGGGGGAGUAACAGUGGUCAAGAGUUUUAGCAGCGCGACUACUACUGUCAAUGUGUUCAAAGAACUUCGGUAGCGUUUUCCUCAAAUUUGCUUUGUUAAAAUCCCCAGGUACAAUAAAUGCGGCCUCAGGAUAUAUGAUUUCCACUGAGCACAAAGUCCAGUGUAGUUCCUUGAGGGCCGUCGUGGUAUUGGCUUGAGGGGAAAUAUACAUGGCUGUGACUAUAACCGAAGAGAAUUAUCUUGGGAGUAAUAUGGUCGGCAUUUGAUAGAGGUAUUCUAGGUCGGGUGAACAAAAGGACUUGAGUUUCUGUACGUUAUCACAAUCACACCAUGAAUAGUUAAUCAUGAAACAUACACCACCACUGUCACCUUUAUUCCUGUCUGUGCGAUGUACUGAGAACCCAGCUGACUGUAUGGAAGGGGACAGUAUAUCCGGAGAGAGCCAUGAUUCCGUGAAACAGAGUAUGUUACACUCCCUGAUGUCUCUCUGGAAGGAGAUCCUCGCCCUGAGCUCGUCUACUUUAUUGUCCAGAGACUGGACAUUAGCAAGUAAUGUACUCGGAAGCGGUGGAUGGUGUGCACACCUCCUGAGUCGGACUAGAAGUCCACUCCAAAUACCUUUUCUCCGCCUGUGGCAUCUUGGAGCAGCCUCUGUGAUAAGUUCAAUUGCCCUGAGGGGUACAAACAAAGGAUACAAUUUUGGGAAAGUCGUAUUUCUGGUCGUAAUGCUGGGUGAGUUACCGCCGCUCUGAUAUCCAAAAGUUAUUUCCGGCUGUAUGUAAUAACACACAAAAAAAAAAAACAUCCCCUAAAAAAACAAAAUACUGCAAAGUUGCUUAGAAGCUAGAAGCAGAGUUUCCAUGUCUGUCGGCGCCAUCUUGCCAACGCUACUCUUCUGGCACUGAAUGACCGAACUCCACGGAACUUGAUAUGUGGCAUCUAUGGACAAAGGUCUCUCAACACAAAAUUUUCCAGAUUUGUACCUAAAACAACUUUGACCAAUAAACAUUCACGUGUGCGUGGUCUGGCACAUAAAUUCAUAUAAAUCAGUUAAUGAUAUUCGUAUUGUAACAAUUUGGUACACGUUGCAAAUACUGUCAAGACUCAACAUAUGCAAGAACAUUCAUAUCGACCUCACGGUGGCGCUAUAACGGGUACAUGUUUAUAUCACUUGAUCUGUUUGGCACACAUGCUCAGAGAUGAGUCUAGCUGACCCACGCAAUAUCUCAGACACCACUGGCCCGAUUUUGACAACUUGGGUGAAUGAUGCGUCUUGCCAUAGAGAUCCGUCAUUUACUAAAUUACACUGAUAGCCCAAGGGGGCGCUGCAUCAUUUGUGGGGACGACAUGUUUACUGUUGCCUUGUUUAGAGGUCAAUCUUGUCCUCUUGAUUUUCCAAUAAAAAAAUUAAACUGGGUGUCAUCAACUUUUUUUUCUUCUUUUUCGGAUAACCUCGAACCCCGUUUUGCGUCUGUAUGCUCUAACCCCAGGUAGAUCAGGUUACAUGCCUUUUAGUUAAUCAAAAGGGAACCAUCGCACUCUCCCAGAAGCUUGGCUGGUGCGUAAAACCUGCGAAUUCAGACAAACAAAAAGGUAUAAUGGGUCCGCACUCAAAAAGAUGUCGCAUUAAGCUUACUUAAUUGUUCAAUUUAAUUUUUUAUUUUCACUGCAUCAGGGAUAGCGUACAUAGACGUUUCGGAUUUACAGCCGCCUUCAGUAUGUAAGCAGAAUUUUGUUUUAAUUCAAAACAGCAUUUUUAGGGAACCACCAAUGAGCAGCAGGUGCUUCUAAUCAGGGUUGCCACUCAUCUGCCAAUGAGGGAUGUGGCUUUUCUGGUCUACCUGUAUACAAGUUAGUCACAAAGAAAUACAGUAGUAUAGGGUAUGGGAGCUGGAAUGAAGUGCAAUUCAUGAAUCAAUUGCCUUAGGUGUCUUCUCACUUCGAUACAUUAUAUCAAUUCAUGAGAUAGCUUAUCACAAAGGACCUCAGGCUCAGCCGUUCAUAAAUAUGUGGGGCUAACUUAUCAACGAUAUGUAAAACCUAUGGACAGUGUUCUUGUAUACCAGUCUAAAUUUGACCUAUAGGAAAGAGGUGAAAUCUAAUUCUUCAUUUAAACUGUGUGGAGAUACAUAAUUUAAUGUAUAUAUCCACAUGGCUUUAGUUACCACAUGCCUUGGUAUUUGAUCCAGACCAGGGAAAGAAAGGUAUGCAUGAGCUCAUCAGAGUUGGGUGAUGAAUUGCGCUGCAACGGCCCUCUUCAUCAAACAUGCCCACCACUCCUCUGACUUCCUGUCAAAGCCACUUUCCUGCCACUAAUUCUGUUGACUUUGGGAUGCGGGAUGACAUAAGCUCCAAGAGCCAGGCCUGGACUCAAUCAAAGCUAAACAUUCAGGAAGCUAAACAUUCUACAUGGUGUCAUGUCGGGGGGAAAAUGCACAUGGAUGCGGAUUCCUACUCACACAGGUUUAGGUUAUUUGGAUUUGGACCCAAGAACCUGUGAGUGAAAAUGUAGAACAGGGUUCCCCAACUGGCGGGUGAUUUUAUUUGGCCCCCCAAGUUUCAAGCAAACAAGAAAUAUAUAUAUAUAUAUAUAUAUAUAUAUAUAUAUAUAUAUAUACAGUACCAGUCAAAAGUUUGUACACACCUACUCAUUCAAGGGUUUUUCUUUAUUUUUACUAUUUUCUACAUUGUAGAAUAAUAGUGAAGACAUCAAAACUAUGAAAUAACACAUAUGGAAUCAUGCAGUAACCAAAAACGUGUUAAACAAAUCAAAAUAUAUUUGAUAUUUUAGAUUCUUUGAAGAAGCCACCCUUUGAUGACAGCUUUGCACACUCUUGACUUUCUCUCAACCAGCUUUAUGAGGAUUGCUUUUCCAUCAGUCUUGAAAGAGUUCCCACAUAUACUGAGCACUUGUUGGCUGCUUUUCCUUCACUCUGCGGUCCAACUCAUCCCAAACCAUCUCAAUUGGGUCGAGGUCGGGGGAUUGUGGAGUCCAGGUCAUCUGAUGCAGCACUCCAUUACUCUCCUUCUUGGUAAAAUAGCCCUUACACAGCCUGGAGGUGUGUUUUGGGUCAUUGUCCUGUUGAAAAACAAAUGAUAGUCCCACUAAGCCCAAACCAGAUGGGAUGGCGUAUCGCUGCAGAAUGCUGUGGUAGCCAUGCUGGUUAAGUGUGCCUUGAAUUCUAAAUAAAUCACUGACAGUAAAACCAUCAAAGCACCCCCACACCAUAACACCACCACCUCCAUGCUUUACGGUGGGAAAUACACAUGUGGAGAUCAUCCAUUCAUCCACACCGCAUCUCACAAAGAUACAGCAUUUGGAACAAAAACUCUCCAAUUUGGACUCCAGACCAAAGGACAAAUUUCCAUCGGUUUAAUGUCCAUUGCUCGUUUUUCCUGGCCCAAGCAAGUCUCUUCUUAUUAUUGGUGUCCUUUAGUAGUGGUUUCUACCAUGAAGGCCUGAUUCACACAGUCUCCUCUGAACAGUUGAUGUUGAGAUGUGUCUGUUACUUGAACUCUGUGAAGCAUUUAUUUGGGCUUCAAUUUCUGAGGCUGGUAACUCUAAUGAACUUAUCCUCUGCAGCAGCGGUAACUCUGGGUCUUCCAUUCCUGUGGCAGUCCUCAUGAGAGCCAGUUUCAUCGUAGCGCUUGUUGGUUUUUACGACUGCACUUGAAGAAACUUUAAAAGUACUUGACAUUUUCCGGAUUGACUGACCUUAAUGUUUUAAAGGAAUGAUGGACUGUCGUUUCUCUUUGCUUAUUUGAGCUGUUCUUGCCAUAAUAUGGACUUUUUUUUUUACCAAAUAGGGCUGUCUUCUGUAUACCUUGUCACAACAGAACUGAUUGGUUCAAACGCGUUAAGAAGAAAAUAUAUUCCACAAAUUAACUUUCAAGAAGGCUGUUAAUUGAAAUGCAUUCCAGGUGACUACCUCAUGAAGCUGGUUGAGAGAAUGCCAAGAGUGGUGUGCAAAGCUGUCAUCAAGGCAAAGGGUGGUUAUUUGAAGAAUCUCAAAUGUUAUGUUCAUACAAAUAUUUACACACGUUAAGUUAACAGAAAAUAAACGCAGUUGACAGUGAGAGGACAUUUCUUUUUUUGCUGAGUUUAUAUAUAUAUAUAUAUAUAUAUAUAUAUAUAUAUACAUACUACCGUUUUUAAAAGAAAAGCUAUUUUUUUGUCCAUUAAGAUUGAUCAGAAAUACAGUGUAGACAUUGUUAAUGUUGUAAAUGGCUAUUGUAGCUGGAAACGGCUAAUUUAAAACAAAAUAGAAUAUCUACAUAGGCGUACAGAGGCCCAUUAUCAGCAACCAUCAGUCCUGUGUUCCAAUGGCACGUUAUGUUUGCUAAUCCAAGUUUAUCAUUUUAAAAGGCUAAUUGAUCAUUAGAAAACCCUUUUGCAAUUAUGUUAGCACAGCUGAAAACUGUUGUGCUGAUUUAAAGAAUCAAUACAAUUGGCCUUCUUGAGACUAGUUGAGUAUCUGGAGCAUCAGCAAUUGUGGGUUCGAUUUACAGGAUCAAAAUGGCCAGAAACAAAUAACUUUCUUCUGAAACUCAUCAGUCUAUUCUUGUUCAGAGAAAUGAAGGCUAUUCCAUGCGAGAAAUUGCCAAGAAACUGAAGAUCUCGUACAACGCUGUGUACUACUCCCUUCAUAGAACAGCGCAAACUGGCUCUAACCAGAAUAGAAAGUGGAGUGGGAGGCCCCAGUGCACAACUGAGCAAGAGGACAAAUACAUUAGUGUGUCUAGUUUGAGAAACAGACGCCUCACAGGUCCUCAACUGGCAGCUUCAUUAAAUAGUACCCGCAAAACACCGGUCUCAACGUCAACAGUGUAGAGGCGACUCCGGGAUGCUGACCUUCUAGGCAGAGUUGCAAAGAAAAAGCCAUUUCUCAGACUGGCCAAUAAAAAGAGAAGACUAGGAUGGGCAAAAGAACACAGACACUGGACUUUUUCUUUGCAACUCUGCCUAGGUCAGCAUCCCGGAGUCACCUCUUCACUGUUGACGUUGAGACUGGUGUUUUGCGGGUACUAUUUAAUGAAGCUGCCAGAACUACAUGGUUCUAGUCAGAUCAAAGCCCAUUUUAAGAAAAGGGUUGAAAAAACAUGAGAUCUCGCCAUAGCAGAAUCAACAUGAACAACUUAACAGCAGCACUGUGUAGAUAAGAAACCAAAGAUGCCAAAUUGUAACUUGAUACAAACGUGUGACUAGAACUUAAAUAAAUCAUGCAUGACAUAAGUAGAGGAUUUCAACUUCCUAGGUAUGAAUGUGUAUCUCAAGUUGGGAUUUGGCCCUUCAGGGCAAGAGGCUGUCCGUCCCUGUCAGGUAUAGUGUUAACUCUCUUUGUGUUCUCCUCUGUAGGAUGUGUCUGGUGCGGAUGAGGCAACAAGGCCGUGAGGGGAAGUACAUGUGCCGCUACAUCGUCCACUCAAUGUGGGAGGACGUGGAGCAGAGGAGCAAGAUCAUGGGA